UACAUCACUCUCGAAACACCUCCUGCAAAUCUCUCUCUCCCUCUCUCUGUCUCUUGCCCUCUUUUUCUCUCUUUUGCCGGCAAUCAUAUCUCUGUACACAGAACAGCACCUCCUCAUUCUCUGCACAGAACACACAAUCCACACGUUACGUGGCUUUUACGUGUUCAUGCUUUUUAGCUGUUUAAUUUAGUAUAAGUAGUUUAAGAAGGAUUGGCCUUUUUUAUUCCUUCCUAACCGUUUCGAAACGCGCUAGCUGAUUCGAGAAAUUUCAAAGAGAAAAUGGAGGAGAUAUUGCUCUGGUUGGUGUUUCUCUAGACGAUUAACCGCUACUGAAUUGACUGAAUUUUGAGAAUUUUAGAAGAGAGAUGACGGUGGAGUAUAGUUGCUGCGAAACGAAUUUCUUUAUACACAUUGUGAUAAUAGUGUUUCUUGUUAUGUUCGCUGGACUGAUGUCUGGCCUCACUUUAGGGCUCAUGUCUAUGAGUCUCGUUGAUCUUGAAGUUCUUGCUAAAUCUGGUACUCCAAAAGAUCGAAUAUACGCAGCGAAAAUAUUGCCGGUGGUUAAAAACCAGCAUUUGUUGCUUUGCACGCUCCUUAUUUGCAAUGCUGCUGCUAUGGAGACACUUCCCAUUUUUCUUGACAGUCUGGUUACAGCUUGGGGGGCUAUUCUAAUUUCAGUAACUCUGAUUCUUCUAUUUGGUGAGAUUAUACCACAAUCUGUUUGUACCCGGUAUGGUUUGGCAAUUGGCGCAACAGUGGCCCCAUUUGUCCGUGUUCUUGUUUGGAUCUGUUUUCCUGUUGCCUAUCCUAUAAGCAAGCUUCUGGACUUUCUGCUGGGACAUGGUCAUGUUGCUCUUUUUCGCAGAGCUGAGUUGAAAACACUUGUUAAUUUUCAUGGUAACGAGGCUGGAAAAGGUGGAGAACUGACUCAUGAUGAGACAACGAUUAUUGCUGGAGCACUUGAGCUCACUGAGAAAACAGCUAGUGAUGCCAUGACUCCUAUAUCUGAAACUUUUGCUAUUGACAUUAAUGCCAAACUUGACAGGGAGUUGAUGAGUUUGAUAUUGGAGAAAGGGCAUAGCAGGGUGCCAGUUUAUUAUGAGCAAUCUACAAACGUAAUUGGACUAAUUCUGGCCAAGAAUUUGUUGACAAUUCACCCAGAAGAUAAAGUACCUGUAAAGAAUGUCACUAUACGCAGGAUCCCAAGGGUUCCAGAAACUUUACCUUUAUAUGAUAUAUUGAACGAGUUUCAAAAAGGUCAUAGCCACAUGGCAGUUGUUGUAAGGCAGUGCAAAAAGCCAGAGGAGCAGCAUGUUAGCAGUGCUGGUGACGAUCCGGUGAAAGAAGUUAAAGUUGAUAUCGAUGGUGAAAAGCCUCCCAAAGACAAGAGUUUGAAGAGACCACUUCAAAAGUGGAAAAGCUUUCCCAACAGCGGCAACAAUUCAUUUAGGAGCUCAAGGAGCAAGAAGUGGGCAAAGGACUUGGACUCAGACAUCUUGCAUCUAAAUGGGAAUCCACUACCAAAGCUCCCAGAGGAAGAAGAAGCAGUAGGCAUAAUAACAAUGGAAGAUGUCAUUGAAGAGCUUUUACAGGAGGAGAUCUUCGAUGAAACAGAUCAUCAUGUUGAGGAUUCUUGCACUGGCCUUGCUAAGCAGUAGAAUGUACUACGGCAUAGACAAUGACGAAAAAGUUGUUUCUGAUGGAAGAUUGAUUAUGCAAUGAUCAAAAGUUGUAGUUUCAUUAGUGGAACAAAAAGGAUUGUUUAAUGAACUUUUUUCGAAUGAAAUGUUGAAAUGUUUUAAUGUCAGGAUUGAAUAUAUCUUUUUACCGUGUUUUGUUGGC